GCCGGCUGCCCUCGACGUCGCUCCUCGGCUGGGCGUCCGUCUGUGCCGCCAUGGGGACUCGCGGCCACGCCGAGUGCGGUGUCCCGGUAGCAGCAGGGAAGCCCUGGGCGUCCCGACGCUGAGCUGCGACGCUGGCCCCGAGAGAUGGUGUUGCCGGCGUGGCCCGCUGUGUAGCCGGCGCUCGCCAUGUCGACAAGGAGCCAGGACCCGGCCGCGGUGCCCCUGGCCGGCUCGAGCGGAACCCAACAGCGCCGGUUCGCGGGUAGAUCCACCGAGCGCUCGGCCUCUCCUGACGGCGCCGGGAACAAAGGAUCGGAUAACGAAGAUGUCGACGAGGAGACAGAGGUCAAGUAUUUCAAGUACUGGGCAAACAAGAUCGGGCACGUGUUCAAGAAAGUACGACAGACGAAGAAGCGGAGGAAAAGCAGCUACGGAUCGCUGUUCUCCUCAUUAGAUAGUGAAAUAGAUGAACUAGAAGGACCCACAGUGCACUACAAGCCAGAAGCCAUCGAGACGUUGUGCCAGCUGACAAAGUUCAAUAAGCGGGAGCUUCAGCUCAUGUACAGAGGUUUUAAGCAGGAAUGCCCUUCAGGAAUGGUGAAAGAAGAGACAUUCAAGAUAAUCUAUUCACAGUUCUUCCCACGAGGUGCAGAUGCUAGUCAAUAUGCUCAUUUUGUCUUCAAUACUUUUGACCAAGACCAUACUGGGGCAAUAACAUUCACGGACUUUGUAAUUGGGCUGUCUGUGCUUUCUCGGGGUUCCCUCCAAGAGAAACUACGGUGGACGUUCAACCUCUAUGACAUCAACGGAGACGGGUACAUCACCAAAGAUGAGCUUGCUCGGAUUGUAAAGGCUGUCUACGACCUCAUGGGAAAGGCUGUGGAACCCAUGGUGGAAGAAAAUACGACGAGGGAACAUGUGGAAAGGGUGUUUCAGAAACUUGACCUGAAUAAGGAUGGUGUUGUCACUAUUGAUGAAUUUAUGGAUUCCUGUACAAAGGAUGAGAACAUUUCAAAGUCCAUGUCCGUCUUGGACACAAUUCUCUGAUGCUGCAACGGUGUAAAAGUGCUGGCAGUCCUUCCUUGCACUGCGGUGUGUGCGCACGAGUGCGGACGCUGUGGCCCGGAACGGACGUCCUGGGGGAGUCCGAAGCUGCGUUCACAUGGAGCCCAAAAGCGGCAACAAGGGACUUGCACCCCUCCAAGUGCCAAGUAAUCACAACGAGUCCUUGUAGUGCGUUGCCAGGGUUGUGGAAACGUGCCGCGAUUGCGCGGAUAAGGCCAGUCGAAGCCGUCGCCAAGCGUCCGAAGCGUGUGGGAUCGCAUGCAUCGGGGGUCAUGCUUUUGGUCGGGGCGAAGCUGCUGUUAAUCUGAAAACUCUCAAAUCGAAGCGAAAUGUUGGAAUUUUCAAGCUCCUCUGAUCGAAACUGCCCCUGGAAAAGAUGGAAGGGUCAAAUGCUACACUGUGGGGCGUUAUGUUACGUCUCUUUUCAUAUUUUUUUAUUAUUGAUUUGAAAGAGUGUCUUGUGCAUUGAAAGCCUGUGCAGUUUGUCAAACUGAUUUGGUAUGGACGUUCCAAUGAUACAACACCAAAGUGGAUGCCAUUUCAGGUCAUAGAGCUCAUAGAAACCAUUCAAAAUGUUGGUGGUUGGUGUUUCCAGUAGUUACUAUGUAGCAAAGGUACCGUCACUCAAGUAGGGUUCAAGUCAAUUUGUUGUGGCUGAGGUGCCGCAACUCGGUUCGGGAGAAUGGCAAGUCCUUGUACCUGACUCAUUGCACAUUCUUCAACUAGAAGAAUCCUGCUGCUAGUGCUGCUGCUGCUUCGCUUGGCUGGUGGGUAUUCAAUCACUUGAGGGAAAGGACGAGAGCAGUGCAGGAAAGAGCCCUGAAAUUCCAGUUGCAUUGAAGGGGAGCAUCAACCACAGUUAAACCUUAAACUAGUAGUGAGAUAUUUGCCGGUGGCCAAAAUUAUGAAAAGGUACUCGGCCUCAAUUUACAUGGAGCUCUUGCUGUUUCUUUUAGAUGGUUUUGUCCUGGAUCCUGAAAGGCUUAUUUAGUGAAUACAUUCCAGCACAACUUUGUUGAUGAGUUUAAAAACAGAAAAGAAAGCGCAACAUUCUUUUACUGCCAUUUUGCAGCAGUGCUGAGAUGCGUACUCAAAGGUGGAUCUGUAUUCCUUCUUAGGCCCUAAUUUCUCUUCGUUAUUGGGUUGACUGUGUAUGACAAUACUGCUUUUCUGUGGAAACAUGCAUUCUUGGUUUAUGAAUUUUGGGGGGUCAAGAAAGAAUGGCAUUUGGGGAGGGGAAAUGCUUCCUAUUUGUGAGAAAAGUUUUUAGAUUUGACCGAUGUGGAGUAACGGCAACAUGUCGACUUGUGCUGACUUUCAGUCAGCCUCGCAGUUGAGAGAAACAAGCUUUACUCCGGUGACUUUGGAGAUGAGGUGGAGUGGCAUUCCCCAGCACUGUGUGCUGGUGCACGCUUCUCUCCUGUCGCCCCUGACCGAUUGGCAGUAACGUCAUGCAGCCCCGCUUCAAACCCUUUUAUUGCAGAGGGGUAGCCUGAAUUGACUCAAAGCUGGAUUUGAAUGCCAUUUGGUCCGAGCAAGCCCACCGGUGGCAGAUGUCUAAGUCGUAUGAGCAACUGCUGUGCAGGCUGCUGAGCAGUGCACAGCAUUUCACAUAUCUCACUACAUUCAUACAAAGUUCAAUAGAUUGGUGCAUAUAAAGGCGUCGAUAACAAGGUCUCCACGACCACCUGAGCGUCGCAACUCAUCCCUUUUCAGGAUCCUCAGUGUCUGGUUUGCUAAGAGCCUGCUGACUAAAGCCUGGUCUGUGCAAUGCGCGACUUAGGCAACUCUUCCAUGCAACUGUAUCGCAUGUCUACCAUGGUUUGUUUUUUUGCUCUCGAAGAACAACUGAGGACAUGCUGUAGCUACUUUUUUUUUACGAGAGGGAUUUCUUUUGUAGGCAUUUUCUUUGCAACUUACUUGCCUGGCUCAGUGUUGUUAAUUGGCAAGCAAUCUAGUGUGAUGCACUUUACUUAUGUGUGCACUUUGCUAAGCCAAGGGAACAUCUGCAAUCAUUUCUGAGGAUGAUUACAGUGGGCCAGGCAGUUAGUUCCAGUGACAAGUUGCCACUGUCCGCCAAAUAGACGCAAAAAGGAAGACUUGACGAGUUGCUUGCGGACACGACGCAGUGAGACGUUCAGUUGACUGGAGAUGUGGGUGGGAGUCUUUGUGUUACGUGUAGCUAGGUUAACAAAUAUUUCCCUAUUCAGCCCUGUGAAAAGCUGGUCAUCUGCAAGUAUAAAUUUGAGCUGCUCUGAAAGUCUCAGAGCUGAGGGAAGGAGUCUCAUGCCAUGGAGUAUGUUUUCAUAGUGCAGCUGUUACGGUAUGAAUGUCAUUGCCCAUGUUUCGUCGGCAAUCAGGAGUGUACACUCCACUCUUUCAUUAGCCAAUUUUUACUUAAAAAGAGAUAGAUGCAUAUAAAUUCCCCCUAUUUCUCUCUUUCCAUAAUUAUUCUACCCUUCUUUCAAAUUCUAGAAAUAUAAGCAUCAUUUUAGGCUUAGGAAAAGUCUCGUAGGUUUCCUUUUUUAUACGCUUUGGACUUAGCGAAUUUUCGCGUGGGUGUCACACCUGGUGGACUUCCAGCAGUCAUAGCUUUCUUCCGUGUACAGAUUUCAAUAUGACCUGAGGAAAUCCAUAAGUGUGGGCUUUGUACGUUGACUUCGAAUCCGACUUCUAGAAUUAUUUUUUCAGAUUUAUGUCUGAGCAUGGGCAUGUGUUGUGAAAACAACUGGAAUAUGCCAUGUGUCACUCAUUCUGCAGCGUGUUCUUACAUCUGGUGGACGACUUCGGUUUUACUAAUCGAAAUUAUAUAAAAAGACUGUUCUCUCUUCCAAUGGAAACCGGGUGAACUGAAGCAGAGUUUUUCUUCAAACCUUUUGUAUUGGAUACUUUUCUGCUGUAAUAAAUCAAUUGUAUAUAUGAGACAGCCA